UUUGUGCCGAUUGGUGGAGAAGUGCUUUACAUCACGACAGGGUUAAGGGUCACAAAUCAGAAAUGAUUUAUGGUUUAUGAACCAUACAUGUCUCAGAAGACACUUUCUCUUGGUAAAAGUGCUUUCUGACAGUCCAUUUGUCAUCUCUCACCAUGGUUACCUUCCAUCUGUCCGUUGUCUGUUAUCUGCUGGCUGUGGUGUCUGUGACCUGUGGUCCAGUUGAAGAGGAGAACCCAGAGUUCUGGAGGAAUUUGGCACAGAGUACACUGCGUUCAGCUCUCGCCAGAAGACAAAACACUAAUGUAGCCAAAAACAUUGUGCUGUUUCUCGGAGACGGUAUGGGUGUGACCACCAUCACAGCCGCCCGGAUCCUGAAGGGUCAGAUGGAGAACCGUACAGGAGAAGAGACCGUCAUGAACAUGGACACAUUCCCAUACGUGGGCCUUGCAAAGGUCUACUCUGUGGAUUUUCAGAUACCAGACAGUGCGUCCACUGGAACUGCAUAUCUGUGUGGGGUGAAAACUAAUCUGAAUACUGUGGGUGUGAAUGCGGCCGCUCGUAACGGCGUCUGUCGCUCACAGAAGGGAAAUGAAGUCACAUCCAUCCUUAAAUGGGCUAAAGAUGCAGGGAAGUCUGUUGGCAUUGUGACGACGACCCGUGUUCAACACGCCACACCUGCAGCUUCAUACGCCCAUAGUGCCAGCCGCACGUGGUACAGCGAUGCUGAUCUCCCGUUAUCUGCUGUUAAUGAAGGGUGUGUGGAUAUUGCCGUUCAACUGAUCACUAACACUGACAUUGAUGUGAUUAUCGGAGGUGGUCGGAAGUACAUGACACCUAAGGGAUUUUCAGACCCCGAGUAUCCCACCGAUGUAAGCUCACAGGGUCAAAGAAAAGACAAGCGAAAUUUGAUUAAUGAGUGGCUCGGCAUGAAGCAGGAGAAGGUGGCCAGAUUUGUGUGGAAUAAGACUGACUUUGAUGCUGUAGACCCAGAAAAAACUGAUUAUCUGAUGGCUCUUUUUGAGCCCGGUGAUCUGAGGUAUGAUGUGGAGAGAGACAGCCGCAUGGAUCCCUCGAUCAUAGAGACAACCGAGAAAGCCAUCAAGAUCCUGCAAAAAAAUCCAAAUGGAUUCUUCCUGCUUGUGGAGGGUGGACGUAUUGAUCAGGGUCAUCACGAGAGUCGAGCUUCGAUGGCACUGCAUGAAGCGGUUGCUCUUGACAACGCUGUAGCUCGGGCCCUGGAGCUGACCAAUGAGAAUGAUACUUUGACAAUUGUGACGGCUGACCACUCCCACUCAUUUAACUUCAAUGGGUAUCCUUUCAGAGGAAAUAACAUUCUGGGUAAAUCUCCUGUCUUUGGACUGGACUUCUUACCCUACACCACCCUGAUGUACGGAAACGGCCCGGGACACAAAAUCCAAAACAACAAGCGCCCAGACAUCCGCAAGGUUGACACAACCCAUAAGGACUAUGUUCAGCAGUCAGCUGCUCCGCUGGAUACUGAGACUCAUGGAGGAGAAGAUGUGGCCCUGUUUGCUCAUGGUCCCAUGGCUCAUCUCUUUCAGGGUGUUUAUGAGCAAAACUACAUCGCACACGCCAUGGCCUACGCAGCAUGCAUCGGUGCCAAUCAGCAGCACUGCACUCCAGUCCUGCCCACAAAUACUGAUCCAGGAAGCUCCGCCCCAGACACGCCCCUCUGGAGUGUGAUGUCACUGCUGUUGAGCGUGAUGACGGCCGUUCUGUUGUACUGAGAGAGACGAUUUAAUUAUUCAUCAAUUAAUCAUCACUAAUGAUCUGGUUUGUUACAAAUUGAAAAUUCAACAUUUUGUGUCUAUGUGCUUGCAUACAUCAACAAUUGACCAAAUUAAUUGUCUUUUUAAAUAAAACGGCCGGUUACUUUUCUGUAAAUCAACAACUGAGCUUAAAGAAAAACUGUUUAUAUAUGGCCACAUGCUUUAAAAAUGAACAAAUGUCUACACAUUUAUAAAAUACAGUGUUUCUCAAGAAUACAUAGCCAAAAUAUGAAAGGCGAUAGAGAAAGUAAUUUUAUAUUGAUGGAAGAUUGCAGAUGUGUAUUUAAAUAAAUGUAUAAAUAUGGAAAAUGUAAAAAUAUUUUAAUAAAUGUGUAUAUAAAUACAUGCAGGAGUAAUGACAUCAUGUUGGUGAGUAACUGAUUAUUGAUGUAAUGAAUACAAUAUAAAUUGCACGCGUGCGUGCGUGCGUGUGUGUGUGUGUGUGGGCCGGUUUGGGCCAAAACGCCAGGGCCAAAUUUUUGUCCCAGUCCAGCCCUGGUGUUAAACCUGACAACAAUUAGAUGGAAGCAGGCUGACUGCAUUGUCUAGAUCAGGGGUGCCCAAACUUUUUCCUACCAAUGGCCAAAAAUCAAACCCGAUGCUGUGUUAUAUUAAAAUUAAAGUUGCCCUGAUUCUCAUAAUUUAUUUGUCUAAAAUUUAAAAAACAA